CCCCACAGCAGCAGCAGCAGUGCGCUGGGAGUCUGCGGGAACUCUGGCUGCAGUUCAUCAGGGUCUGGAUGGCAGGGACACUCCGGUGCACGGACUGUUGAAACCACAAGCAUCACAGGCUCCAAGUGCUUUUUUGGCUGAAAGACGGAUGAAAGGUGGAGGCUGUUGGAGGCCCAGCUGGGCUGUCGCUGCUCUUUUUGUCCCUGCUGCUCUGCUGAUGCUCACCUCCAGGGGAGCAUCAAGCAGCCAGAAGAUGACACAAACCUCUAUGGCUCAUGCGACGGCUACAGCUGCGGGACCGAGCCCCAGUCUGGCAGAUGACCUCCCAGGCCUGCAGGCAGUCACAGACUUUUUAACCAGUGAACACACGCAUGUAUGGCUCCUGUCCCUGGUGGGUUCAGUCGCUGUGGGCCUCAGUGGGGUUUUCCCUCUGCUUGUUAUUCCUAUUGAAGCAGGAACUGCCCUCAAAACUGAAGCUGGAUGUCAGAAGCUGAAGCAGCUCUUGAGCUUUGCUAUUGGUGGUCUCCUUGGUGACGUGUUUCUUCACCUCCUUCCUGAAGCGUGGGCGCUCUCUGGCCCUCGAGUUAGUAAACACAAACACUACAUGACCCAGGGCUUGUGGGUACUCAUUGGUCUGUUUGCCUUCCACCUGCUGGAGAAAAUGUUUCCAGAUGAAGACAGCCUGGAGGAUGCCCCUUCAAAUUUCAAACUGUCUACAAGUGGAUACCUAAACCUUCUCGCCAACUGCAUUGAUAACUUCACCCAUGGACUGGCAGUAGCUGGAAGCUUCUCAGUGAGCAAGAAGGUUGGAUUCCUCACCACCUUUGCUAUCCUGCUUCAUGAAAUCCCUCACGAGGUGGGAGACUUUGCCAUUCUGCUGCGAGCCGGGUUCGAUCGCUGGAGUGCCGCCCAGAUGCAGAUAUCCACAGCUCUGGUUGGGGUCUUAGGAGCUUGUUUUGCCCUCUAUGCUCAGUCCCCCAAAGAUGCAGAAAACUCCUCUCGCUGGAUUCUGCCUUUCACUGCGGGGGGUUUCCUCUACAUUGCCUUGGUUAAUGUUGUGCCUGACCUGCUACAGGAGUCCAGUUUAAGACAUUCCUUGUUACAAAUCCUGCUCAUCGUCUCUGGGGUGGGUACCAUGGCUUUGCUCUCAGCCAUUGUCGAGUGACCGUGGGAGGAGAACACUCUCUUGCCUUAAACACUACUACUGGAUAGGAACCGUCUUCCCCACCAGCCUCUCAUUCACAGAAAUAUACUGACGAGGAGAUUUCUGGCAUCACAGCCAAGAAACAUUAAAGCAAAUAUCUGACAAGGACCUGCACUUUAUUUAGGGAUAACUGAAAGGAAGACUGUCAUGAUCAGAAGACAAGAAGUUGGACACUUUGAAAUGUGCUGUACUUAAUUAUCCGGAAUCAGAAAAAGGUCUGUUUGGAAAUCUGUUGCCAAAUUGUUUUUUAGACAAUCACGAUGCUUUGCACAUACAUUUAAAACCAGGUACACAUGACAUACAAUCUCAUUACUAACAUAAUAAAAGAGGUGUUUCUAGCCCUGAGCAGAAACUCAACUGAUGUUUUGUUUUUUCAUUCUGUUAAAACUGUUUGCUAACAGUUUUUAUGUAGCUUCUGAAUAUUUAUUGAAAUUGAAAACUGUUUAAUCAAUCCUUGUUUUGUGUUGUAUUAUUUUCUACCAAAGAACUUUUAUCUGUUUGCCUUUCACACACAGUGUAACCUGAACAUUUUGAGCUUGUGCUCCUCACACAGCAUUCAUCAUGAAGAACUGCUUCUAGUAACAUUUAAUGAGAAUACAUUGAUGUUAUUUCUUAAAGCUUAAAUUUCAUUAAAUUCUUGUUACUAGCUAUUUCUGGGAGACUGAAGAUAGCUUUUAGAAAGUUGAGAACAGGGAAUGAUACAUGUUUUGAAAGACCUUUGAAGAAAUAAACUUUAAAUUAUAGACAA